AUGAACAACGGUGCUCUGAGGAAGCUUUAUCUACUUACACAAAAAGGAAAAACACAUAGAUCGUUCGUAAAGCCGGUUACAGUUGAUGAGAUAAAGCUUUACCAAAGGAAUAUCAUCGCCCUAAGUAGACUAGGGGGUGUGUGCCAUGCUAGGCAAAAAGAAGCCAGUCCACUUCCUGUUGCUGCUGCACUUGAAGCAGAAUAUCAAGCUGUCAUCAUGAGCUUGAUAGUCCACCAGGAGCUGGUUGGAACUACAGCAGUCAAAAUGGCUGCUGAUACUCUUCCUGAAUCCCGAGAAGCUGCAAGUGCAGCUGCUACCACAGCUCAAGAGGAUGUCACAUACCCUCCUCCUGAGGCAUAUGCCAGUUGUUUUGGACUUCCUUAUCAAGUAAAAUUGGACCACAAUUAUGGUGCACCACCCCCUCCUACACCUCCUCAGUCUCCUCCACCACCUCCCCCACCUCCUCCCCCGCCAACAUCCAAACUUAAUGGGCACCUGGAGGUUGAUAUGUCAGUGCCUCCUGUUAAGGAAAAAGAGGCUGAAAUUGAAGACAGUAUAACACGGUGCAUAUGUGACUUCCAGCAUGAUGAUGGUUACAUGAUAUGCUGUGAUAAGUGCAGUGUUUGGCAACAUAUAGAUUGUAUGGGUGUCCGGGACAAUAUCCCCGAAUCUUAUUUCUGUGAAAAAUGUGAACCACGUCAGGUGGAUAUUGAAAAAGCCAAACUUAUUCAAACAAGGAAACUGGAAGAACUAACAGGCUCUUAUUCAGACAUCAGGUAUGAGGCUGUUAAGGGAAGGAACAGGGUUACCGGAGAACACACUGAUACCAGUGCUACCGACACAGAUCCAGAAGAAGUCAACAACCGUAUGAUGGCGGCUUUCGCACAAAAGAACAAAAAGGCCAAGAAAACGCGACAAAAGACUGUGAAGAAAAAAAGAGUGAAAUCUGCCAAGGAAAACAAGAAGGAAAACAAAGAUAAAGAACAAAACAUAAAGAAGCAGAAGGCUUCUCGAGAUACCUCCAAGAAACCUCCUCGAACAAAGGCGGCACGAAAGGUCCAAAUUCCAGCCAAUGUUGACAAUGAUGAUACCAGGGGACCAUGGGACAUAUCAGCAAAACAAAUGGUGCAAGACCAUGAAAAUGAUUAUGAGAGAAAUUAUGAAAAGGCACAGAAAAACACCCUAAGUAUGGCUGUGCUUGAAGCUUUAUCUAAAGUGAAAGUAAAUGGACAGAACACACCUGAGAAAACUUUGAAACGAGACGAGCUGCUGGUUCAGCUCUGUGAACUUGCUCAUCUUCAAAAAAAUAAAAAGGGGUUGCAGGCGACUGAAAAUUUGAAGGAGGGCCAGCUCAUUUCUGAGUAUAUUGGGCAUGUGUCACUAAAAGAAGAAUGUGAUAAUGCAUUUAUGAAAAGGUUACGACCAUUUACUUUAGUUUAUUCAAAGUUGGAAGGUACAGAAUUGUUCAUUGAUGCCAGCUCUUUGGGUAAUGAUUCACGGUUUAUUCGACGGUCAUGCUGUCCAAACGCUGAGAUGCGACAUCAACUGCAGCAAGGUUUCAUUCGUUUCUUAAUUUAUUCCACAAAAAUGAUAUCAAAAGGUGCUGAAAUAACCAUACCAUUUGAUUUUACUCAAGAGGAUGGUGUUCUACACACGGAAUGUGCUUGCUCAAGAAUAAAUUGUCCACUCAACAAACCUAAAAAUAAAAGAAUAAAUAUGAACAGCAGAGCUCGAAGAAAGGUAAAAAAUAAAUCUACACCCGACAAUUCUCUUAGUGAUAUCAAAAUGGAGCCUGGAGUCCCAGGUAAACUCUCCAGCAUGCCUGCCUCCACAAAUGUUGAUACUUCUUCUGUUGCUGCUGCUAUUGCUGUUGCUGCUGCUGCUGACAGUCGCUCCAUGGCCGUUUCAUCAGACAUGAUUAGUCUUCCAAUGUCAACUGCCAGCAGUAAACCUCAGGCUCCCACAUCAGCCAUAUCCUCUCUGGCUCCCUCUACUGGAAAAUUGCAUUCACCUCCUCAUGUUCCUUCAGUUUCUCUAACCCCUUCUCCUGUGAGUAGUACUGUCCCUCCACUUUCUUUACCUGUCCCUUCACACCCUUCUUCAAAUCUCAGCCCUGGAUCAUCUCUCAACUCAUGUUCUAUUUCUCAGUCCCUUCCUCUUUCCAUGUCAAUGCCUCAUCGAGUCAACUCCAUGUCACUGUCAAUGUCUGCACAGUCAGCCUGUACCCUCGAGGAUCUGGCAGCUGUUGCAACAGCCCCCAGUGCUGCCCUGGCAGCCAUUGCAGUCUCUAACAACAGUAACAAUAAUGUAUCUCCUCCUGUGCUGCCAUUGCCUCCGCCCCCACCUCCUCCACCCCCACCCGCACCAUCAGAGGAAGUAGCUGCUGCUGCUGCCGCUGCUGCAGUUGCUGCAGCAGUAGCUGCACCACCACUGCCAACCAAUGUUGAUGAAGAAGUUUCUCCUACUGAAGAUACAUCAGAGCCUCCAAGAAAAAUGACCAGAGAGGAAAGGAAAAUGGAAGCUAUUGUGAAAGCUUUUGAAAAAUUAGAAAAGCGAGAAGAGAGACGAAAAGAAGCUUUAGCCCGGUUAGAAAUUGCUCGGAAAAACCAGGAAGAAAAGAAAAAAGAUUCUCCUGAAGAUGAUGAAAAGGUAGAAGCAAAAGAAGUUAAACCUGAGCUCCAUCCAACUUGCAAGCCUCUAAGUAUAAAAAAAAAGAAGAAAAGUCAUUCAAUAUCAACAAGAAGGCGCAGUCGAGUAAACAGUGGUGGUAGUUGUUCAGAAGCAACAUUAUCACAAGAUGAGAGCAGUAAUCUUGGUAGCAGUCAACCAGUUCUUCCAUCUUCGGUGGCAACAGUGGUCCCCUCUUCACCAGCAGUGGUCCCUGCAGGACAGGUUUCAACACUGCAGACGAGUGUUGUAACCACACCAACUACUGUGGCAGUUGUGCAAACUACAGCAUCUACACUUCCUACACAGUCAAUACCAACUCCACAGCCACAGCAGCAACAAACAACACAACCUGCUUCUCAAACUACAAGCCAAUUAGGUGAUAAUUCAAACACUCCAUCUGGUUUCAAGUUCAAAACAAAAAAGUUGAGUGAGUGGCUUGAGGGCAAAGAUACAAAGACAGUAUUAGCACCUACCAAGACUGAGCCGCUGGAGGUAAACGUUGAGGAAACUGCAUUUGUUACCUGUUUCCACAGUCCACGUAGUUCAAUGGAGCACCUUCAGCGGAGAAUGAGCCACAGUUCAGCUUUAGGGAAAAUGGAUUCAAAUGUUGGAUCUGCGAAAAAGCGUUGGCUACGUCAAGCAAUGCAUGAAACCGGCCCAUCAGGCUUGGACAGUGGCAAGGAUUCCCCACAACCCAUGAAUUCUGUGGUCUGUGAUGUAGCAAGUCCAAAUGCUGUUACUUCUAUGCCAAGCCCUGGAGCAUCUCCUCAAGCAGAUUUUGUCACUCCACUGAAGAAACGAAGAUUUGCCCGGGAGUCUCUUUCAUCUGAGCAACCACUCAUGUCCACUCCGUCCACACCUUCACCAUCACAGAUACCCAACCUUGAUACACCUUCAGCAUCUGCUUAUUCAUUAAAUUUUGAAGAAUCUGAGAUUAGAGCUAAUCAGCAACUGUUGAAGAUUACAUCAGAAGAUAUGCAUUUAGAAAAAUACAAGGUGAACACAAAUGAAUUAAAUCAUCAUUCUGGAAUGGGAUCUGAACUCAGGGACUCUGUUGAAAGUGACACCUGUGAAUCACAGCCACAGCCAUUUUUAGGAGUGAGCAGUGAUUCAACGCGUGGCAUCUCCGACAGUGAAGAGACCAAUGGGCCUGAAGGUCUUGAGAGCUUGGCUGCUGCUGCAGAGCAAUGCAGUGCUGUCGAUGUGUCCUCAUUUGCUGCAGCUUCCAGAACCAAUUUCAUGCUGCAUGGUACAACUCAACUCCCAAAUUCAACUGCUGAGAAUUUAAAGUUGGAACUUGAAGAUGACGAGACGCUGGAUGCCACAGGCAGCGAACUGGGAAUACGGACCAGUGAUGGAGUUGGUGGUGGUAGUGCUUGUGGCAGUAAUAAUACAGACUCUAUUAUCAGAGCACCUAGCCACCAGCCCACCCCAAAUACUCCACAUUUAUCUGAAAUGUGUGUUAGCAUUAAAAUGACUGCAUACGAAAAAGACCAUUCACUACGCAACGAGGUUUCAUCAUCAGAGACGGAUGUUCUGUCUGCUGUUACCACUUAUGGUCAACCAUCAAUUGCAGCUGAAAUGGAAACAGUGCACACUACUGCAAUUCCCACUCCCCCAGUUGCAGUUUCUGUUCCUGGUUUAGCAUUAGAAUCUAUACCUGCAAAAACUCCCUCAAAGAAAAAGGUUAGUUUACUUGAGUAUAGAAAAAGAUUAAAAGAAAAGAAAGAUCCCCCUGCCUCACCUGUGUGUUCCCAAGGGAAGACUAUCACUGCAAUCUCUACCCCAGUCCCUGCAGAUAAAGCUCCUACACUGGCUGUGCUGCCUCUUUUUGUGGAGCCUGUCAGUCCAGCCAAAGAAAAUGACCAAACAGAAGUCAAAAUUGAACAUCGAGAGAAAAAAACAGAAAGCAGAUGGCCUGAGAAACCAAUGAGCUUAACAGAAAGGUUGAGGCAAGAAUUUGGAUUGGAAGAAAGUGAUGAGGAGGAAAAUAAAACUGAAUUGAAAUGGCAUUGCAAAAGGCAGUCUGUACAAACUCCCCCGCCCCCUCCACCACCACCUUGCAGUGUACCGCCUCAUCUACAUCCCCCUGGCAAACCUUCUGGUGAGGAAAUGAUAUCAGAACCACUACCUGUGGCAACUAGUCGUCCUGUUUUACCUGCUACGCAAUAUCCUCCUCCACCUCAGGCUCCUGUACAUAGUAGUGGACCGCCUGUGUUACCAAGCCGACCACCUUUGCCUCCACCACCACCUCCACACCAACCCAGGCACCUAAUACCAACUCCAGGUGCUCCGCUUCCUCCUCCUCCACCCCCUCCAUCAGCGGUUCCUGUGUCAGAGAGUCCAGGAAUUCCUUCUCUCAUGUCCAUUCAGACAUAUCAUCAGCGAUUCCAAGCUCCUGCUGGUCAACCAGGACCACCCCCGCCCCCACUGCCUCCACAAGGUCAGCCUCCACCACCACCACAAGUUCCACCUCCAGGUGCUGUGGUGUCUGUGACACCACCUCCACCACCACCGCCCAUGCCCCCAAUGUCUUCUCCUCGGCCACCAAGACCUCCUUGUGUAGUGGGACCACCUCUUCCACCCCCAACCGUACAACCAGCUCCUCAGCAGCAACCCCCUCCUCAACAGCAAGCACAACCUCAGCAGCCACCACCUCCUCCACCACCACCACCACCUCAGAUUACUCAACAUCAUUCACAUUAUGCCUAUCAAGGUGUAGCAUCGAGUGCAUCUCAUCCACUUCAGUCUCCUCCUCCACCACCACCACCACCGCCACCUCAAAACACUCAGUUCAGCCAUCCAGCUUCUGCACCAGCUGCUGUCACAACUCAGCCUCCACAAUAUCCUCCAGGGCCACCACCACCUGUUUCUCAGGCAUCUGCACCAUAUGGGCCACCUCCUCCACAGAUGCCAGCUCCUACAAUUCAACAGCCACAAUUUGGGCAUCCACCUCCACCCCCUAAUCCCUGUCAAGGACAAUCUCUUGUACUUCAAAACCAGGGUACCACCAACUUUCAAAUGCCUCCGCCCCCUCCUCCUCCACCACCGCCACACGGGACCAACUUCGUGAGGCAACCUCCCCCACCACCGCAGGGAAUUCUGCCUCCACCUCCUAAUGGUGGAAGCUUCCCUCCACCUCUACCCCAACAUGUGGCACCUCCCUAUGUGCCCCCUCCAGCUCCAACAGGAAAUCCCUCCAGCCACCCACCACCCCAAACUUUUCCCCCAGCACAGACACAACAGCCACCUCCCCCUCCUCCACCACCACCACAGCAACAACAGCAGCAAUCUCAACAACAGCAACAACAGCCACCUCCACAGUUCUUUCUCUCUCCUACUUUCUUUCUUCUUCAACUGACCCCUUUGCCCCUUUCCAUCUUCAAAUUCUUCUGCAUUGUCACUAUUGCUGGGUUUUAG